UUUUGAUCGAUGUAAGCAAAUUUAUAAAUAAAUCACAAAAUCCUAGCCUUAAUUAAUUAGUGUAAAGUCUUACCAUAAAAAUAGAAAAAUAGUUGAAAAAAUGACCGAAGUAUGAUUACUGCACUUUCGAUGGACAAAAGAAGGACCUGUUUUAAUUUUGCACAAAUAUAAGACUAAAGGUAGUAUAGAAUGUCUCAAAUACCCCCUAACCUAAAUGGCCAUCCAUCUACUUCCGUUUCUCCAGCGCCGCACCAAUUAAGCUCCUAGAUCCAAAUUUGUUAAGGUCGCCCAUCUCUUCCGUUGCUUCACCACCGGAGAUGCGACGAGCUCACUUCGCAACUACCUAGGUGGCGAUAAGAUCGACGAUGACCUCCUCCGCGUCCAGGUCGCCGCUUCCUCCUCCAGGCCGCCGCCGCCUUUUACUCUUCUCCUUCUCCAUUUUCUAUCUCAAAUCGAUGGCGGUAAUGGCGGAAAUGAGGACUGCGGGUGAAGAAAUUGAUGGCUGAAUCGACGAAUGCGAUUUGGAAGCGUAACGGCGAUGAGGACUCCAGACAUCGGCAACGAGGGUUGCGGGGUUAUCGACGGCCGCAACUAGGGUUAUGCGGUUGUUGUUGGCUGUCGCAGCUUGGUUUUCGCGGCCAACGACAGCCGCGGCCUGGGGAAAACAGAGGGGGUUGGGGAUGGGGGCAGAGCAGUAGAAAGAAGGGUAGGCAUGGUGGUGACGGAGGGGCAGAGGGUGGUGGUGCCAGAGGGGCAGAUGGCGGGGUGAGGGAAUUGAAUGGGCUGGGGGGCUGGGUGAUGUAGGGGGCUGGGUGACCAGAGGAGAGGGCUGGGUGAGGCAGGGGGAUGGGGUGUGGUGGUCACCGGAGGUGGUGGGCGCCUGCGGUGGCCGGAGGUUGUGGUUGCCGGUGGUGGCGGUCAUCAGUGGUGGCGAAGUCACUGUGACCGGUGUCAUUAUGGUGACCUCACCGUAGAGGUGUCACUUUUGCGGAUAGUGGCCUCUGGCCACCGCAAGCGCCCACCACCGAGGUGUCACUGUAGAAGCAGGGGCUGGCGGUGGAAACCGGGGCUGGGGGCUUGGGUAGGCGGGAAAGGGGUUGGGGUUUGUGUUGAAAGGAGCUGGCGGUGGUGGCUAGCGGUGGUCGACGGUGGUGGUUUCGAUGAUAAAACUAGAUUAAUGUUGCAGAAGUAACUAUGCCCCGAGUCUUUGAAAUUACUCUUUGAGACCAGAGGCGGUGAUCAAUGAUCGAUGGCGGUGGCCGCUGGUCACUAUUGCGCGUGUCACUCUAGUGAGUGUCACUGUGGCCGAUAUUGAAAACUACAAAAUAAAGUCACUAUGAAUUAAGGGUAAUUUAGUAAGUUUAAAAUUUAUUAGUCAUAUUUUUGGAAAUUACACAAUAAGGUCACUUUUUUGUCAUUUAUCCACUUUUUAGUAAUAUUGACGUCAAAACCCCAAAAUAGUUUUACCCAUAAGAAGUAAUUAAUCG